UGCUUCUUCCCCGUGGCUGGGUGUAUCCGGCGGCGAGCGGUUCGGAAAUCGAAUCUAGACGCGGCGGCGAGCGGUUGCGCGUCCUUCGUCCAGGGGGUGAGCACCAGCGAGCAUCCGUCGACUGUCUGCUCGGCAGUGUCGUCGUUGGCUGGCCGAAUCAGCGUCAAUCUCGACACGGCGGGCGGCGUGUGGCUGCAGCGAUGAUGCUGGCGGCAUCAGCAUACUGGUCAGGCAGCAAGACGGGUCCUGGAUGCGGUGGCAUCGGCGUCGUGGUCCGACAGCACAGGGGUUCGCGGCUGCGAGCGGCACCGGCUUCAUGUCGAGGGGCGGGCGGCGCUGCCGGUGGCAUCUGCAUCGGGACGAACGGCGAGCGGCCUCAACCUUGGUCUUGGUCGUUUCACGGCGGCGGGGCACGACGGAAGGUAUCAUGUGUUAUUGGCAGAUUCACAUUGGUUCUGUGUUGCCACAGAGAUGGACUAGAGGCAUGUUCAAACAAUUCAGAAGAUGCACCAGAGCGAUCUACUUGCUGGUGCGAGUGCAUCAAGCCAUGGUCCCUGACCUCAGAUUCUCAGUUAUACCUUUUCGUUUGCAUGAAAAUUGAUGGUAGUGUCAGUGAAAAAUGCAUGGAAGUUGGUUUGACCUGUUAGUUUCUUUGCUUCGAACUUUGAUCAUGCUCCCAGCCUUAGUAGAUUUGGCCUUACGGACAAAUAUAGGUUCAGACAUUCAGUAUGCCAAAUGUAUUUUAAAUCUGGGCAAAUUACUACAGAUAAUAUUCCAAUUUCUGGCCAUUGACCAUAGAUGGCAUUUUAUUUUGUUUUAAUGUUUUUAUUUUAUGGGCAUGAGGCCAUGAAUUAUGUAGCUGUAUAUGGGGCCAUUCAGUCAUGCAUCAAACCAUGACGCUAGUUCUUAUUUUUGCAUGGGUGGUUCUUAUGUCUCUUUGCCAGCAAGAACUACAUGGACACAAGUUAUUUUAUGUCGGCACUGAGAAUUCUUGCAUUGACAUAACUUAUACUACAAGCUCUGCGGAACCUUGUUUUAACCCAGCUUAUCAUGAUAAAACAAAGCUUAAUUCCUCCUUUGUGAUUUGUGAUGAUGAAACACAUCGUCUAUCCAUAUGGUAGCUUAUGGUUUAGGGUGAGAUUUGGACUUUGUUUUGAUUCAGCAGGCUGCUUAUGGUCUGGUAGUUUUAGAGGACUAUUCUUCAAUGAGGAUAUACUAAACAUGUCAGAACUCUACUCAUGACAGCCUGAUGGUGAGUUAAUUGUUAGUCCCUAAGUGCAAAUUGCAAAUAUGCUCUUAAAAAAACAAAUUGCAAAUAUGUUUCAAGCUUUCCAUAGAGACCCGUUUGCGCAUUUUGGUUGGACGGUUUGUGUUCAGCAGUAAGUUUACUUAUAACGGGUUUUCUCUUCCAUUGUGCAUCCUUUUUUCGCUUCGUAAUUGAUCAGUUUUACUUGACGUAAUUUUGUUGCUGUAAAAAGUGAAUUUGAGAUAAGUAUUUCUGCGUAAUUUUUAUUUUUUUUGGCUCCAGUCUAGUGCUAGUGUGCACGAUUAGCUAGGUUCUAUGUGAAAGUACGAAAUUGAAAGCAAUUUUUACUGGUUGUUUAAUGGCAUUCUGAAAUGCAUUGUGGUUACGAAUUAUUAAUUAAACGAAGCUCAUACAUAGUUUUUUCUGCUUGAAGUUUCAGUUUUCUGAUACCUUGUUUCACUUGAAGCGUUUAUCUUGUUUGGUCUAUGUUUAUAAUCAAAACUAUAUAAUAUGUCUGAAAGAAUAUUUUGCAACCCUAGUAAGCUUAAUUAUCUUUUACUCUUGAUCUAUGCUUGAAAAAAAUCAUUGUUUAUGUACUGCAUUGUCACACCAUCUUUAUCUGAGUUGAGCUAGCUUUCGACUAAGCCAUCUUAAAUAAGUAUAUUUUGCAAUUGCCUGGUGUAUCCACUCUCAAAUAUACAGAGUUUAUUGUAUAUUUCGUUAUUCCGCGGCACAAGCACUGCCCUGUAUUGUUAGUGAUUUAAAUCAUCUCAACACUGGUGGGAGGCUGCUUGGAGGGUGUAAUCUUUUUCUAUCAUGUUCUUCUUUACCGAUAUAAUCGGACUGCAACCA